UGAAGAUGAAAGCAAGGUGGCUCUUCUCUCUCCUUUGCUUGCUCUCAGUGCCCAGUGUCACAGGCCAGACUGCAGAUGUGAUUACCCAGACAGAAGUGGUCCAUGCUCUGCCAGGUACUGACGUGACCCUGGUGUGCAUGUUUCCAAAACUGCACACCACCCACAUCAUCCAGACACAGUGGACCAAGACUGAUGGCAGCCCAUCUACCAAAAUAGCUGUGCAUCACCCCACCUAUGGCACCCAUUACUUCACGUUUCCUGAGGCUCCUUACAGCUUUUCAGUGUUCUUCAGCACAAGGAGGUGCUGCACUGGGGAUGGCACAGGGUCCUUGUGUUCCACCAAGCCAAAUGCCACGUCUGAAUGCAAUUGGUGGGCUCUGCAUCUGGAAAAUGUUACCAUGUCCCUCAGUGGGCAGUAUGAAUGCACUUUUGCUACUUACCCAUAUGGGACAAAGGCUGCAAAAAUUCAGCUUACUGUCAAGGCAGAAGAGGAGAGGCACUACCUGAAGAAAGUGUGGCUAAAGCAGACUUUAGAAAUUCCAUGCCUUGAGGACGCGACCUCAGAAAAUUUGUCCACUUAUCCUUUGAAAUGGCUAGUGGGUGAAAAUGGGAGGAAAGAGGAACUUGUGACCAAGGAGCCCUCCUGUCCUGCUGUGUACAGGAACAGCAGCUUGCUGCACGGGCAAAGAGUCCUCCUGGGUUUGAACAACUCCCUAAAGGUUUUCCCCACCAAAAUCACUGAUGAUGGCAGAGUCUUUUCCUGCCACGUGCUGUACCACCCAGAGAGAGUCCAGAAGAGCAGCACCACUGUGAGAGUAUUUGCUUAUCCUGAGAUCUUCAUUAGCCUGCAGGAGGGCUCAGCCAGCACCUUGCAGAAGCCCAAUGUGAGCUGUGUCGUGAGGAAGGCAUUUCCCAAGCCAAGGCUCCUGUGGUACAUGGACAGAGCAGACCUGAUGGAGCAGCCUGGAGAAAUUUCUGUGGUACAAGAAGACUUGCAAGACAGUGAAGGUUUCUAUGAGUUGAGAUCAACACUGAUGCUGCAAAGGACCCAUGAGACACAUAAGACAUUCUCGUGUGUGUGUCUGUUUCCCUUCCUGGGAAAUGAAACAAGGAAUAUUUCAUCAGAAGAAAUAUUUGUUUCCUUCGACAAUCAGUCUAAUGAAGCCUCAGCUGAAGUUUUUACUACCACGGUUUUAGAUGACUUCGGUAAUUCAACACUUACAUCAGCUGUUAUGACAGCCUCAGAGCACCAGUCGACAUCUGUGGCCUCUCUGGAUUUCACAAGUCAAGCAAAUUUGGCUCCUGCUUCCACAACACAAGGUAACCUGUCCUACAGCAUCACAGACCAGACAGCUUCAGUUACCAGAGGAAAAGAUUUCUUUCCUACCAGCAGCCUGCUGAACAGUACUGGUGAUGGGAGGAACACCAAAGCCAGUCGCUUCCCCUGGCCAACAGUGGUGGCUGUCCUGCUCCUCUUCUGCAGCUUUCUGGUAGCUUUAGGCAUCAGGAAAUGGUGUCAGUACCAGAAAGAGAUUAUGAACAGACCUCCAUCUUUCAAGCCACCGCCACCUCCAAUAAAGUACACCUCCAUGGUGGAGUGUGAUGGGACUCCCCCACCCUGCCACGAGCUGGAAAACCUCUAACACCACCUGCACCCCUUGUGUAGCACACAGAACACUGACACGGCUAAAAGGCUCUGCCUUUAGAACAGGAGCCUGGUGUUAAUGACCCAUAUUAAAAUUCACAGCUCCUGCAUGACAUUAAUUUUGGAAGUGGAGCACUCCUUGGGACACUCCUUUCACCCUGGGUAUCUCUGUGUAUGCACUACGUUAACAGCACUGUGAGUGUCACUGGGAGAUUACAUCUGCUUAAUUUGAAUUGGGUGAUCAGAUGGGAAUUUGCCAUCACUCUGCCAGCUUGACUGAAGAGUGUUGAAGCUUGUCCAUCUAUUAAAUGUAUAGAAAUGACAGCUCUGCAUUAUGAACACCAUGGUUAAACAGGAAACAGUGGAUAAACACAGGAUUUUGCGAGCUGUUCUUGCAAUUUUUUAUUCUUACUCUGGACUAACAUAACCCAACAUGUAAUUUUCUAUCACUGUGAAACCAAAAGAAAGAAUCAGCACCAUACUCAGAAAGAAAAUAACCUGCAUCUCUUGGCACAGGAUUAUGGAGGGUGGUUGGUGAGAUUCAAGAUCGUGGUGCAGGCCUGGUGUAAGUGUAUGCAAAGAAGUCCCAGUUGUUAUUGGUGAAGUCACAAGAAAGUCAGUUUUGGGCCAGAGACUUAAGGACUGAAGCAAGCCUAAAGAUAAUGGAAAAUUCUUGUCCUUUUGGAAGUGCUAUGCCUUUGAAAUAAUACUUAUUUUAAAGUCU